CCUCUUCAACAACAACCACAAUCACAGAAACACCCACAACAACCACGACCACAGAAACACCCACAACAACUACAAGCACUGAAGCAACCACAACCACAGAAACACGUACUACAACCACAGGAACACCCAGCACAACAAUCACACAAACAAGCACAACCACAGAAACACCCACCACAUCAACUACAACCGCAACCACAGAACCCGCCAGUGAGUGCUUAGUUUGUGAGUGGUCUGAUUGGUCAAACAAUAAUUACCCAGACUACACUAACGAUGGAGAUUCUGAACGCAUUGAUGAAAUUACUGGUCUCGAUUUGAGUGUUUGCAAAAAACCUCUGGAAAUACAAUGUAGAGUAGCAGCAUUCAAAGAUGUAUCUUUCGAAGAGAUGCGCCAAAAAAAGGUAAUAUGUGAUCCAACAGCUGGACUGACUUGUCAUAACAAAGACCAAACCCCUUUUAUUUGUUUGGACUAUGAAAUACGAGUCAAUUGUUGUAUCAGCAGCAGCUGUAGAUCUUCAACUACAAUCACACCCUCCACCACAGCACCCACCACCACAACCACAAUCACCACCACAACCACAACCACUGCAACACCAACCACAACAGAAACACUGCCCACAACAACCACAAUCACACCCUCUACAACAACCACAACCACAACUACAGAAACACCCACAACAACAAUCACAACUACAGAAAUAUCCACCACAACAACUGCAACAACUACAGAAACACCUACCACAAUAACCACAAUCACAGAAACAACCACAACCACAGAAACACCCACAACAACAAUCACAACUACAGAAAUAUCCACCACAACAACUGCAACAACUACAGAAACACCUACCACAAUAACCACAAUCACAGAAACAACCACAACCACAGAAACACCGACCACAACAACUACAACCACAGAAACACCAACCACAACAACUACAACCACAGAAACACCCACCACAACAAUCACAACAACAGAAACGCCCACUACAACAACAACAGUAACUACAGGAACACCCACCACAACAACUACAACCACAACAACAGAAACACCCUCUUCAACAACAACAGUAACUACAGAAAUACCCACCACAACAACUACAAUCACAGAAACACCCACCACAACAACUACAACCACAGAAACACCUACCACAACAACUACAACCACAGGAACACCUACCACAACAACAACAGUAACUACAGGAACACCCACCACAACAACUACAACCACAACAACAGAAACACCCUCUUCAACAACAACAACCACACCAAUCACAACAACAGAAACACCCACUACAACAACAACAGUAACUACAGAAACACCCACCACAACAACAACAACCACAGAAACAACCACAACCACAGAAACACCCACCACAACAACUACAACCACAGGAACACCAACCACAACAACUACAACCACAGGAACACCUACCACAACAAUCACAACAACAGAAACGCCCACUACAACCACAACAGUAACUACAGAAACACGCACUACAACAACUACAAGCACUGGAACACCCACCACAAUAACCACAAUCACAGAAACACCCACCACAACAACUACAACCACAGAAACACCUACCACAACAACUACAACCACAGAAACAACUACAACCACAGGAACACCAACCACAACAACUACAACCACAGGAACACCUACCACAACAAUCACAACAACAGAAACGCCCACUACAACAACAACAGUAACUACAGAAACACCCACCACAACAACUACAACCACAACAACAGAAACACCCACUACAACAACUACAAGCACUGGAACACCCACCACAAUAACCACAAUCACAGAAACAACUACAACCACAGGAACACCUACCACAACGACCUUAACCUCAACUACAGAAACACCUACCACAACAAUAGCAACCACAGAAACACUUACUACAACCACCACAACGACAGAAACACCCACUGCAACAACAACAGUAACUACAGAAACACUGCCCACAACAACUACAAGUCCUGAGACACCCACCACAACAACCACAGAAACACCUACCACAACGACCUUUGAAGUUGUUACAAAUACACUGAGCACAAGAGCCUAUUCAAUAGCUUCGGUUGGGAUUGUAACUACAGCAACCACCGAAAAACCCACCACGUCAACUACAACCACAGAAACACCUACCACAACGAUAACAACCACAGAAACACCCACUACAACCACCACAACUACAGAAACAGCCACCACAACAACUACAAGCACUGGAACAGCCACCACAAUAACCACAAUCACAGAAACAACCACAACCACAGAAACACCGACCACAGCAGUUACAACCACAGAAACACCCACCACAACAAUCACAACAACAGAAACACCCACUACAACAACAACAGUAACUACAGAAACACCCACCACAACAACAACAACCACAGAAACAACCACAACCACAGAAACACCAACCACAGGAACACCUACCACAACAAGCACAACCACAGGAACACCUUCCACAACAAUCACAACUACCGAAACACCCACUACAACAACAACCACAACCACAGAAACACCAACCACAAUAACCACAACCACAGGAACACCUACCACAACAAGCACAACCACAGAAACACCUACCACAACAAUCACAACAACAGAAACGCCCACUACAACAACAACAGUAACUACAGGAACACCCACCACAACAACUACAACCACAACAACAGAAACACCCUCUACAACAACAACAGUAACUACAGAAACACCCACCACAACAACUACAAGCACUGGAACACCCACCACAAUAACCACAAUCACAGAAACAACCACAACCACAGAAACACCGACCACAACAACUACAACCACAGGAACACCUACCACACCAAUCACAACAACAGAAACACCCACUACAACAACAACAAGAGUAACUACAGAAACACCCACCACAAUAACCACAAUCACAGAAACAACCACAACCACAGAAACACCAACCCCAAUAACAACAACCGCAGGAACACCUACCACAACAAGCACAACCACAGAAACACCCACUACAACAACAACAGUAACUACAGGAACACCCACCACAACAACUACAACCACAACAACAGAAACACCCACCACAACAACUACAACCACAGGAACACCUACCACACCAAUCACAACAACAGAAACACCCACUACAACAACAACAACAGUAACUACAGAAACACCCACCACAACAACAACAACCACAGAAACAACCACAACCACAGAAACACCAACCACAAUAACCACAACCACAGGAACACCUACCACAACAAGCACAACCACAGGAACACCUUCCACAACAAUCACAACUACCGAAACACCCACUACAACAACAACAGCAACUACAGAAACACCCACCACAAUAACCACAAUCACAGAAACAACCACAACCACAGAAACACCCACCACAACAACUACAACCACAGAAACACCUACCACAACAACUACAACCACAGGAACACCUACCACACCAAUCACAACAACAGAAACACCCACUACAACAACAACAACAGUAACUACAGAAACACCCACCACAACAACAACAACCACAGAAACAACCACAACCACAGAAACACCAACCACAGUAACCACAACCACAGGAACACCUACCACAACAAGCACAACCACAGGAACACCUUCCACAACAAUCACAACUACCGAAACACCCACUACAACAACAACAGCAACUACAGAAACACCCACCACAAUAACCACAAUCACAGAAACAACCACAACCACAGAAACACCCACCACAACAACUACAACCACAGAAACACCUACCACAACAACUACAACCACAGGAACACCUACCACACCAAUCACAACAACAGAAACACCCACUACAACAACAACAACAGUAACUACAGAAACACCCACCAUAACAACAACAACCACAGAAACAACCACAACCACAGAAACACCAACCACAGUAACCACAACCACAGGAACACCUACCACAACAAGCACAACCACAGGAACACCUUCCACAACAAUCACAACUACCGAAACACCCACUACAACAACAACAGCAACUACAGAAACACCCACCACAAUAACCACAAUCACAGAAACAACCACAACCACAGAAACACCAACCACAAUAACCACAACCACAGGAACACCUACUACAACAAGCACAACCACAGAAACACCUACCACAACAAUCACAACAACAGAAACGCCCACUACAACAACAACAGUAACUACAGGAACACCCACCACAACAACAGAAACACCCUCUACAACAACAACAACAGUAACUACAGAAACACCCACCACAACAACUACAAGCACUGGAACACCCACCACAAUAACCACAAUCACAGAAACAACCACAACCACAGAAACACCCACCACAACAACUACAACCACAGAAACACCUACCACAACAACUACAACCACAGGAACACCUACCACACCAAUCACAACAACAGAAACACCCACUACAACAACAACAACAGUAACUACAGAAACACCCACCACAACAACAACAACCACAGAAACAACCACAACCACAGAAACACCAACCACAGUAACCACAACCACAGGAACACCUACCACAACAAGCACAACCACAGGAACACCUUCCACAACAAUCACAACUACCGAAACACCCACUACAACAACAACAGCAACUACAGAAACACCCACCACAAUAACCACAAUCACAGAAACAACCACAACCACAGAAACACCAACCACAAUAACCACAACCACAGGAACACCUACCACAACAAGCACAACCACAGAAACACCUACCACAACAAUCACAACAACAGAAACGCCCACUACAACAACAACAGUAACUACAGGAACACCCACCACAACAACUACAACCACAACAACAGAAACACCCUCUACAACAACAACAGUAACUACAGAAACACCCACCACAACAACUACAAGCACUGGAACACCCACCACAAUAACCACAAUCACAGAAACAACCACAACCACAGAAACACCCACCACAACAACUACAACCACAGAAACACCUACCACAACAACUACAACCACAGGAACACCUACCACACCAAUCACAACAACAGAAACACCCACUACAACAACAACAACCACAGAAACAACCACAACCACAGAAACACCAACCACAGUAACCACAACCACAGGAACACCUACCACAACAAGCACAACCACAGGAACACCUUCCACAACAAUCACAACUACCGAAACACCCACUACAACAACAACAGCAACUACAGAAACAACCACAACCACAGAAACACCAACCACAGUAACCACAACCACAGGAACACCUACCACAACAAGCACAACCACAGGAACACCUUCCACAACAAUCACAACUACCGAAACACCCACUACAACAACAACAGCAACUACAGAAACAACCACAACCACAGAAACACCAACCACAAUAACCACAACCACAGGAACACCUACCACAACAAGCACAACCACAGAAACACCUACCACAACAAUCACAACAACAGAAACGCCCACUACAACAACAACAGUAACUACAGGAACACCCACCACAACAACUACAACCACAACAACAGAAACACCAUCUACAACAACAACAGUAACUACAGAAACACCCACCACAACAACUACAAGCACUGGAACACCCACCACAAUAACCACAAUCACAGAAACAACCACAACCACAGAAACACCCACCACAACAACUACAACCACAGAAACACCUACCACAACAACUACAACCACAGAAACACCUACCACAACAACUACAACCACAGGAACACCUACCGCACCAAUCACAACAACAGAAACACCCACUACAACAACAGUAACUACAGAAACACCCACCACAACAACAACAACCACAGAAACAACUACAACCACAGGAACACCAACCACAACAACUACAACCACAGGAACACCUACCACAACAAUCACAACAACAGAAACGCCCACUACAACAACAACAGUAACUACAGAAACACCCACCACAACAACUACAACCACAACAACAGAAACACCCACUACAACAACUACAAGCACUGGAACACCCACCACAAUAACCACAAUCACAGAAACAACUACAACCACAGGAACACCUACCACAACGACCUUAACCUCAACUACAGAAACACCUACCACAACAAUAGCAACCACAGAAACACUUACUACAACCACCACAACGACAGAAACACCCACUACAACAACAACAGUAACUACAGAAACACUGCCCACAACAACUACAAGUCCUGAGACACCCACCACAACAACCACAGAAACACCUACCACAACGACCUUUGAAGUUGUUACAAAUACACUGAGCACAAGAGCCUAUUCAAUAGCUUCGGUUGGGAUUGUAACUACAGCAACCACCGAAAAACCCACCACGUCAACUACAACCACAGAAACACCUACCACAACGAUAACAACCACAGAAACACCCACUACAACCACCACAACUACAGAAACAGCCACCACAACAACUACAAGCACUGGAACAGCCACCACAAUAACCACAAUCACAGAAACAACCACAACCACAGAAACACCCACCACAACAAUCACAACAACAGAAACACCCACUACAACAACAACAGUAACUACAGAAACACCCACCACAACUACAGAAAAUACCACCACAACAUUCACAACCACUGAAAAUUCUACUACUUCAGUGGCAACAACAAGAGAGAGCACUCUUGAAAGUCCAUCUGUAACACCUUCAACUCUUCACUCUUCAACACCAGGCAGAACAACUUCAUGUUUCUGCAAGUACUUGGAGCAAAUGUUCUCUCCUGGCAGCUUCAUGUACAAUAAGACAGACGGAGCAGGCUGGUGUUUCACUGCAUAUUGCAACUUGACAUGCAAUGUUGAGAAGCUUGCUAGACCAUGCCACUCUACUACUCCACCAACUCCCACUACCACCACCAACACCACCACCACCACUACCACUACCACCACAACAAGCUACUCCACUACAGCAACAGCCGGUAUAACAACACCAUCCACGAAGACAAAUUGUUCAUAUCUCGAUCCACCAAGACAGUUCAGUCUGCUGUAGUGUGGAAUCAAACGUAUUUUAUUAGAUCUCCGUAGUUGCAACAUAGUGGAACAAGGCAUGGUGAGUCUUGGAGUUCAAGCAAAUGCAGCACAAGUACGUGU